CUCUUGUUCUGUUUUGCUGUCAAAAAACAAAACAUUUUUAAAUCGUCUGAUCCUUUGAUAUCUACAGUAGACUGAUUUAUCCCACAAUGGAUAUAACGAUGAACCUCCAUAGAUUCACUAGUCCUCUUCCUUGCCAUACACUCUACCCCCUCAAACUCUCCUCUGUUUCAAACCCUAGACGAGAAUUUUUCAAAAUCAGAUCCCAUCUUCCCUCCAUCAGCUCCAUCUCCUCGAAGAACGAGCACGAGCCGCUCCUCUCCACAGAAGAUCACGAUCGUAAACCAUCAAUCGUUAAGCAUUCAAACGACGACGGCGCGUCCACGAUAUCUUCCGGAGUGAGACUCGAAAACGUAAGCAAGAGCUACGAAGGGGCCACGGUGCUCAAGAACGUGAGCUGGGAAGUGAAGAGAGGCGAGAAGGUAGGGUUGAUCGGCGUGAACGGCGCGGGGAAGACGACGCAGCUCAGGAUAAUCGCUGGCCAAGAGGAACCCGAUUCGGGGAACGUCGUCAGAGCCAAACCCGAUAUGAGAGUCUCUUUCUUGAGCCAAGAGUUCGAGGUGUCGAUGGGGAAGACGGUGAAGGAAGAGUUCACGAGCGCGUUUGAGGAAGAGAUGGAGAUCUCGAGGAGGGUCGAGAAGCUGCAGAAGGCUAUAGAGGAAGCUGCUGAUGAUUUAGAACUGAUGGGAAGGUUGCUCGACGAGUUCGAUUCCUUGCAGAGGCGAGGUCAAGAGAUGGGGUUGGAUUCUGUGGAUGCGAAAGUCAGCAAGGUGAUGCCGGAGCUAGGGUUUUGCACAGAGGAUGCAGAUAGGCUUGUGGCUUCUUUUAGCAGUGGGUGGCAAAUGAGAAUGUCACUUGGGAAGAUACUGCUUCAGGAUCCGGAUCUGCUGCUUUUGGAUGAGCCGACUAAUCAUUUGGAUCUUGAUACUAUUGAGUGGCUUGAAGGCUACUUGAGCAAGCAAGAUGUGCCGAUGGUUAUAAUAUCACACGACAGAGCGUUUCUUGAUCGGUUAUGUACCAAGAUCGUGGAAACCGAGAUGGGUGUGUCCAGGACUUUCGUUGGUAACUACUCUCAGUAUGUGAUUUCGAAGGCAGAGUGGGUCGAAGCUCAGUAUGCUGCUUGGGAGAAGCAGCAGAGAGAGAUCGAAGCAACAAAGGAUUUGAUCGCUAGGCUAAGUGGUGGAGCAAACUCUGGUCGAGCUUCUGCAGCAGAGAAGAAACUGGAGAAGCUCCAAGAAGAGGAGCAGAUAGAGAAGCCGUUUCAGAGGAAGCAGAUGAAAAUUAGGUUUCCUGAAUGUGGAUUAAGCGGGAGAUCUGUAGUCACUGUGAAGAAUCUUGACUUUGGUUUUGAGGAUAAGAUGCUAUUCAACAAGGCAAAUCUAGUGAUAGAAAGAGGAGAGAAGGUAGCUGUUAUUGGUCCAAACGGGUGCGGUAAAAGCACGUUGUUGAAACUGAUUAUGGGUUUGGAGAAGCCUAUGAGAGGUGAAGUGAUUCUUGGUGAGCACAAUGUAUUGCCAAACUACUUCGAGCAGAAUCAGGCAGAGGCUCUAGAUUUGGAUAAAACUGUGAUUGAGACGGUUGUUGAAGCUGCUGUAGAUUGGAGGAUUGAUGAUAUAAAAGGUCUUCUCGGUCGCUGCAACUUCAAAGCUGACAUGUUUGAUAGAAAAGUCUCUCUGUUGAGUGGUGGUGAGAAGGCACGCCUUGCUUUCUGUAAAUUCAUGGUGAAACCAUCAACUUUACUCGUGUUGGACGAACCCACCAAUCAUUUAGACAUACCUUCAAAAGAAAUGCUUGAGGAGGCGAUAAACGAGUACAAAGGCACAGUCAUCGCAGUCUCUCACGACCGAUACUUCAUUAAACAAAUCGUCAACAGAGUUAUUGAAGUCAGAGACGGUGGUUUAAAGGACUACGCAGGAGACUACAAUUAUUACCUGGAGAAGAAUUUGGAAGCUAGAGCCAAGGAGCUGGAGAGAGAAGCAGAACUGGAGGAAAAAGCUCCAAAAGCGAAAGCAAAGUCAAAGAUGUCAAAGGCUGAGAGAGAAGCAAGGAAGAAGCAGAAGAUGAGAGCGUUUCAAGCUUCCAAAAAUAAGUCAAAGUCCAGCAAAAACGCCAAGAGAUGGAAUUAAAGAAAGCUUCACACACAUAUAGCCGUAGGUGUAUGUAUGUGUACAGUCAUAUUCAUAAUUCAUAUCCAAUAGAAGUGCCAAAGAGAUGGAGUUGAAGCUUUAGGGUACGUCAUAUUAUUCAUAAUUCAUAUAUCAUUGCAAGCU